AUGAACAAGGCAAAUUGGUAUAGAGCAGCACAAUAUUGUCGUUUCCACGGUAUGCACCUGGCAAGCAUAUCAUCACAAGAAGAAAACGACAAAUUAGAAAAAAAUAUACGAGAUUUUGGCCUAGGACACGAACACUUCUGGACCUCCGGAACUGAUCUGGCCGAAGAAGGAACCUUCUUCUGGAUGGCAACAGGAAGACCUAUCACUUUCACGAACUGGAACGCAGGGGAGCCCAACAAUUUCCGAUACGAAAACGGAGAGGAAGAAAAUUGUCUUGAAUUAUGGAACAGAGACGGCAAAGGACUUAAAUGGAACGAUACGCCUUGUUCAUUCGAGACUUACUUUAUCUGUGAAGUUCAAUAG